AUGGGGCGCCCGGCGCCGAGGCCGCUGCUGCUGGCGCUCCUAUCGCUGGGUGAGUGCGCGUGGGGCGCGGCGGGGCGCUGGGUCCCGGGGGGGCGCGGCUGCCGCUUGGAGCCUGGGGCACCCGAGGUGCCCGGGGCGGCUCCCGGGAGACCGGGAUCCCGAGCGCCGGGCCGCCGGCCGGGAGGGGAGCGGUGUGGGGCCGAUCGGAGCCCGGUGCACAUCCUCCUGGGCCCGCGCUUUGGGUAUCCGGAGCCGCCCGGCCUGACCGAGCCGGGUCCUCACGUGUGCCGGGGGAGUGCUGUCUGUCGAGGGCGUGUGGUGAGAGUCCCUGCGGGCACCCUGGUUCGAGUGGUGGGCACCGAGCUGGUGAUCCCCUGCAAUGUCAGUGACUAUGACGGCCCCAGCGAGCAAAACUUUGACUGGAGCUUCUCGUCUUCGGGGAGCAGCUUUGUGGAGCUCGCCAGCACCUGGGAGGUGGGCUUCUCGGCACAGCAGUACCGUGAGCGGCUGCAGCGGGGCGACAUCCUGUUGAGGAGGACGGCCAAUGAUGCUGUGGAGCUGCACAUAAAGAAUGUCCAGCCCUCGGACCAAGGCCACUACAAGUGUUCAACUCCAAGCACAGAUGCCACCGUCCAGGGCAACUAUGAGGACACAGUGCAGGUUAAAGUGCUGGCAGAUGCCCUGGUGGUGGGCCCCAGCUCCCGGCCUCCUCCAGGCCUGAGCCUGCGCGAGGGGGAGCCCUUUGAACUUCGAUGUAUCACAUCUACUACGUCACCGUUGCACACACACCUGGCACUUCGGUGGGAACUGCACCGUGGCCCAGUGCACCGAAGCAUCCUAGCCCUAAGCCACGAGGGCAGGUUUCACCCAGGACCUGGCUAUGAACAGCGCUACCACAGUGGGGACGUACGCUUGGACACGGUGGGCAGCGAUGCCUACCGCCUCUCCGUAGCCCGUGCACUCUCUGCAGACCAGGGUUCCUACAGAUGUGUGGUCAGUGAGUGGAUCACAGAGCAAGGCAGCUGGCAAGAAAUCCAAGAAAAAGCUGUGGAAGUGGCCACUGUGGUGAUCCAGCCAACAGCUCUCCAACUGGCCGUGCCCAGGACAGUGUCUGUGACCGAAGGAAAGGACCUGGACCUUUCUUGCAACAUCACAACAGACCGUGUGGAUGAUGUCCGGCCUGAGGUGACAUGGUACUUCAAAAAGACACCCGAUACCUCUUUGCUUGCCUCCCAUAUGCUGGCUCGGCUGGACCGUGAUUCCCUGGUACAUAGCUCACCACACGUUGCUCUCAGCCACGUGGAUACCCGCUCUUACCAUCUACUGGUGCGAGAUGUCAGCAAAGAAAACUCCGGUUACUAUCUAUGCCUCGUGGCCCUCUGGGCUCCUGGACACAACCGGAGCUGGCACAAGGUGGCAGAGGCCAUGUCUGCCCCAUCUGGUGUAAGCGUGACCUGGCUAGAACCAGAAUACCAGGUCUACCUGAAUGCUUCUAAGGUCCCCGGGUUUUCUGACGACCCCACAGAACUGCAGUGCCGGGUGAUAGACACGAAGCGUGUGGAUGCCGGUGUCCGACUUACUGUGUCGUGGUACUAUAGAAUGAACCGUCGCAAUGACGACGUGGUGGCCAGCGAGCUUCUCGCCGUCAUGGACGGGGACUGGACUCUGAGAUACGGGGAGAGGAGCAAACAGCGGGCCCAGGACGGCGAGUUUAUUUUUUCUAAGGAGCACACAGACACAUUCAGUUUCCGGAUCCAAAGGACUACAGAGGAAGACAGGGGCAGUUAUUACUGUGUUGUGUCUGCCUGGACCAGGCAGAGGAACAGCAGCUGGGUGAAGAGCAAGGAUGUCUUCUCCAAGCCCGUCAACAUAUUCUGGGCCUCGGAAGAUUCUGUGCUCGUGGUGAAGGCACGGCAGCCAAAGCCUUUCUUUGCUGCAGGGAAUACAUUUGAGAUGACUUGCAAAGUGUCUUCCAAGAAUAUUAAGUCUCCACGAUACUCUGUUCUCAUCACGGCUGAGAAGCCUGUUGGGGACCUCUCCAGUCCCAAUGAAACCAAGUACAUCAUCUCCCUGGACCAGGAUUCCGUGGUGAAGCUGGAGAACUGGACCGACGCAUCUCGGGUGGACGGCGUCGUGUUAGAGAAGGUUCAAGAGGAUGAGUUCCGAUACCGAAUGUACCAGACUCAGGUCUCCGAUGCGGGCCUGUACCGCUGCAUGGUGACAGCCUGGUCUCCUAUCGGGGGCAGCUUGUGGCGAGAGGCAGCGACCAGUCUUUCCAAUCCUAUUGAGAUUGACUUCCAAACCUCAGGUCCCAUAUUUAACGCCUCUGUGCAUUCAGACACUCCGUCCGUCACCCGGGGAGAUCUCAUCAAGUUGUUCUGUAUCGUCACUGUGGACGGAGCAGUGCUGGACCCAGACGACAUGGCCUUCGAUGUAUCCUGGUUUGCAGUACACUCUUUUGGCUUGGACAAGGCUCCUAUCCUCCUAUCCUCCUUGGACCGGAAGGGAGUCGUGACUACAGGCCAGAGGGACUGGAAGAGUACCGUCAGCCUGGAGCGAGUGAGCGUGCUGGAAUUUUUGCUGCAAGUGCAUGGCUCUGAGGACCAGGACUUUGGCAACUACUAUUGUUCUGUGACUCCCUGGGUGAGGUCACCAACUGGUUCCUGGCAGAGGGAAGCCGAGAUCCACUCCAGGCCCAUCUUUAUAACUGUGAAGAUGGAUGUGCUGAACGCCUUCAAGUACCCGCUGCUGAUCGGCGUGGGCCUGUCCACAGUCAUCGGGCUCCUGUCCUGCCUCAUUGGGUACUGCAGUUCCCAUUGGUGCUGUAAGAAGGAGGUGCGGGAGACGCGACGGGAGCGCCGCAGGCUCAUGUCCAUGGAGAUGGAUUAAGCAGUUGGAGGGACAGAGGAACGUUGUAGGAGCGGUGGGGUGGGGGGUGAGAAGAGGACUCUGAUAUUUUACAACCGAGUGUGUUACACUAAAACCGGUCCUCUCUAAUCUCAGGUGGGACUCAGCGCUCUCUCUUCUCUGCAUGUCAAGUUCCGAGCGCGGACAUGUUUACCAGCACACGGCUCUUCUUCCCACGGCACUUUCUGAUAUGUAACAAUCGAGUGUGUGUCUCCCCCCGCUGAAGCUGUUUAAUGGUUAACCCCCGUCUAAUUAGUUUUCUCCUAGCGGCUUAUCGAUCCUCUGAUUCACGUGUGUUGAUCACUUUUGAUUUGAGGGAUCGCAGUGAGGAAGGGCGAAAGCAUUCAGAGUUGGUCAUCAGGGGUGAGAGGGUACCUGCCCACCCGAAAGCCAGCAUCCACAAGCAGCCAUCUGGGGAGCUGCUACCUGCUGCCCUCUACCCUGGCCCAGAACUGAUGUAGACCUGUGCCAAGGCAAGCUGUGGCUAUGACUACCCUGCCCAUCCCCCAUUGUCAGGAGUUUAAACUAUAUUGGAGCCUAAACUUCUUGACCCCAUAAGCCUUUUGUUUCCCUUUCUCCUCUACCCUCUUCUGUUUUCGGGUUUGUUUCUGUGAGAGUGAGGAUAUGGCAGCCCUGGAGUCUAGAAUUUGGCUUUCCACCAAGCACCUUAUCUCGCCACCUUAGCCUUAAGAAUGAGUAUGAAGAAAAAUCCACCACCACCUCUGUCCAGGGCAGGUCUGUGAGGAGAGGACACUGGGGAAGGAAAGGAACGGAUGCUUGCUUAUGCUCACUCUGUAGUUCUGAGGCCACUGUGCCUGCUCCAGGAAUCCCAGGGUGAGUGGGAGCAGAGGGCAUCUGAGUUGUGCUGCUGAGCCAGGUGCCCUGUCCCUUCAUGAGAGGCACUGUCCCUUGUACCCCAGGACCAGCAUGGGAGCCACAAAUGUGCCACAUUGAGCUCCUUCCCAGGAAGGCAGAUUGCUGCCUGCCAGACUGACUGGCUUCAAGGAAUCAGAAAUUGCCUGGAGCAAGCGUGUGUUCUCUGUGACCUUUUUCAGUCCUUGAAGUCUUUUUAAGAUCCCCGCAGGGGGUGGUGAAGAGGGGUAUACUUUGUGGACGGUUUGCUUUCCUAUUAGAAACACGAAGGGAACCCAGCAAUUUAGUGAUAUGUGAAUGGCCUGUAAAAUAGGAUUGAAGGCAGCCGGCUCUGCCUGACUGGGCCCAGCAGGAAUAGGACAGAGGCAGGCACACCUUCCAGGUCACCAGUGCCUGCUCCAUCAGGGCCUCAGCCAUGCAAAGUCUCUCGCCCUGGCAUAGCCUUCCACGAGCCUCCCCUAGGUACUGAUGCUCAUCAGCCACCCGGUACCCUCACCCUGCCCUCUACCUCUGAAGGAUCUAACAUUGUUGUCUUCCAAAGGAGUGGGGGAGGAGAGCUCCUUUCUCUUAAGCAAUAAAGUAAUACGAAAAGAUGGCCAUUCACGGGCAGCUCUAGUCACCAUGGGACCGGAUGCGCUGCCCCCCCCCCCUUCUCUCCAUGUGGCCCAUGGUGGCUUUUGUAUUUGCCACCCAGUUUCCUCUGCUUGUUUCGAGCCCACCUUGGAGACUGCUCAUAUGAUGAGAUUCUGAGCCGGUGGCUCUAGCCCAGGUGGGGUACAGGUUUAGAGUUGGUAGCAAGGAGAGGGACAGCAGGUGCACCCCACACAAGCAAGAGAGGCCAGAGAAAGAGGGGGGCUUGAAGACAUGGCUGUUCUACAUGUCACUUUCUUACUGCUAGCUCAGACGUGAGGCACAGGUGACUGAACAAACAGGAAUUAGGGGAGUAGAACCAAGUAUUAGGAACUUCAAGCCCGUGCCAUUACUGGAGAAGAUUCAGGGCCUUUGCAGUGCAGCCCUCCUUAGGAGGACGAGAGAGACUUAGCCUUGGAUGAGUUGAGGUGAGGCCUAGCUGUACAUGAACCCACAGAGGUCCAAGCGGGUAAUUGAUGGUGAGAGAUGAGUGAUCGGUCCUACCUUCCCCUUUCCCUUUUGUCUGAUGUUGAGAUUUGAACCUGAGUUGUGGAGGUCAUGCCCAAACCCCUCCAUGUUGCUUAGGGCUGGAAGAGGGACCAGAAACCCCAGGACCUAGUUCCUUUUGGGAACAUUGACAUUCUGGGGUGUGUGUCUUUUUAAGUGUGGUCAAACACUCUUGAUGUACCAAAUAGUGUUCCCCGUGCAGCGCUCUUCCUGAGGCUCCCACCCAGCAACACUGGUCUGAGGGAAGGAAAGGCCAAACCAGGCCUGGGCACAUGAAAUUGCACUUCUUAAAGAGAAACUUUUUAGAAGGUUGGGUAUUUUUCUUAAUCACAAAAAUCUCCCACUGAAAGAACCUAAGCUACAUUCAGAUCGAAGCCUCGAAAUUAAAUUGUUUACUUUACAAUGUUUACACACACGACUCACUUUUUUAGAAAAAUAAGAAAACUGCAAACUCUGGCUUUUUAACAACUUUUCAGCUUUUUCAUGCAUGGGAUAGAUAUGCUGGCAACCUGACUCACCAGCUGGAUCAAAUCCUCAUUUAGAAAUGUCCCGAUAUGUGGAUAUAUGUGUCUUCCCCCUCCCAACCACUCGGCUCCCUCCUGCCCAGACCUCUGUCUGUUUCUCUGGUGGCUUUUGCCUCCUGCUUUGCAGACCGCCUGCAGCCAUGAUUUUGUUACGGCAUCCAUGAGCCAAAGACUGCGCCUUGGGAGCAGGAACAAUAAGCAAUACUACACCACUCGCUACUGUCGGGGGGAUCUCUUUCUCUUUCUUUUCUUUUUUAGCUUCACUGAUGGCAACAGAGGAGGAAAGGAAUGGAGGUUUAGGCAAGUUCUCUUCCCCUGUGUGACCAGAUUCUCGGUGACACACAGUUGUGCAGAUCACUAGGAGAACAAGGUUGGGUUUUCUUUUCUAGUGUGUAACACAAGGAUCUGCAGGAUUUUCCGUAGACAAAGAGGUCUCGUGUAUUUUUGUCCCUAUCCAAGGUUAUACAAACUAAUUGUGUUGUUUUAUACUGUGGCCACAAAUAUUAUGCAAUGCACCAUUUGUUUUUGUUUUUAUUUUAUUAAAGGAAAUUUAAUUUAAAUCA